AUGGCAUCGAAUGCCACAGAAGACAUGGAAGAAGAGGCCUCUCAGGGGUUGUCUCAGGACUUGAAUGAGAGUCAGUCGUCGGACAAGAAGAAGCGGAUCUUCUCGAAAGAGCUGAGAUGUAUGAUGUAUGGGUUCGGCGAUGACCACAACCCCUACACUGAGUCCGUCGACAUGUUAGAGGAUUUGGUCAUUCAGUUCAUCACUGAGACAGCGCUUCGGGCGAUGGAUAGCGGGAGACCCGGACGGGUGUCCGUUGAAGAUGUCAUGCAUUUAGUCCAAAGGGAUGGCAGAAAAUACGCGAGAGUUAAGGACUUACUCUCUAUGAAUGAGGAGCUCAAGAAGGCCAGGAAAGCGUUCGAUGAGGUCAAGUAUGUCCAGUCGGCGUAG